CGUGGGCUGUGACGGGACACAUCCAUUCAUCUGCUACAGUCCACUUAAGUGCAUCUUCGAACUAAACGAUGAGCUGUGAUGGAGGGAAGGCUGAAGCAGCUCCAACAGAAGCUGAAGGACCAGAAGCUGAAGGACCAGAAGCUGAAGGACCUGAAGCUGAAGGACCAGAAGCUGAAGGACCAGAAGCUGAAGGACCUGAAGCUGAAGGACCAGAAGCUGAAGGACCAGAAGCUGAAGGACCUGAAGCUGAAGGACCAGAAGCUGAAGGACCAGAAGCUGAAUAACGACGUCAGACUGAGUUUUUUUCGUUUCUUUAGUUUUACCAUUAAUUAA